GGUGUGUUAUUAGACAUCCAGCAGCACUUUGGAGUCAAAGACAGCGGGGCUGGCUUAUUACAGACAGUUUUCAUCUGUAGCUUCAUGGUGGCAGCACCUAUCUUUGGUUACCUUGGUGACCGUUUCAACAGAAAGAUCAUUCUCAGCUGUGGGAUCUUCUUUUGGUCAGCUGUCACUUUUUCAAGCUCCUUCAUCACUGAGCAGUAUUUCUGGCUUCUUGUGCUCUCACGGGGUUUGGUCGGCAUUGGUGAAGCAAGUUACUCAACCAUAGCUCCAACCAUCAUAGGAGACCUUUUCAACAAAAACACCAGGACCCUUAUGCUGUCUGUUUUCUACUUUGCAAUUCCUCUUGGCAGUGGCUUGGGAUACAUCACUGGAUCAAGUGUGAAGCAGGUUGCUGGAGACUGGCACUGGGCGUUGCGGGUAUCUCCACUCUUAGGAAUGAUAACAGGCACACUCAUCUUGAUAUUUGUACCUGCUGCUAAAAGAGGAAAUGUUGAACAACUUGGGGGACAGCUGAAGGCUCGGACCUCAUGGCUAAGAGACAUGAAGGCACUGAUUAGAAACCGCAGCUAUGUCUUCUCAUCAUUGGCCACCUCAGCUGUUUCCUUUGCCACUGGGGCACUGGGCAUGUGGAUCCCUCUCUACCUUCACAGAGCACAAGUUGUGCAGAAGACAGCAGAGACUUGCAUCUCACAGCCCUGUGGCACCAAGGAUAGCUUGAUCUUCGGAGCAAUCACAUGCUUCACUGGUUUCCUGGGUGUAAUCACAGGGGCUGGGGCAACAAAAUGGUGUCGGUUAAAAACCCAGCGAGCUGAUCCUCUUGUCUGUGCUGUUGGCAUGCUAGGAUCAGCCAUCUUCAUCUGUCUGAUCUUUGUUGCUGCCAAGAGCAGCAUUGUGGGAGCCUAUAUUUGCAUUUUUAUCGGAGAAACUCUUCUGUUUUCAAACUGGGCUAUCACAGCAGACAUACUAAUGUAUGUGGUCAUCCCAACACGCCGUGCAACCGCAGUGGCCUUGCAGAGUUUCACUUCGCACCUUCUGGGAGAUGCUGGCAGUCCUUAUCUGAUUGGAUUUGUAAGUGCUCACAGUGGUUUUGGGUGGUAUUGUGCAUCCAUGUUUAGUUUUGCUUACUAACUGCUUAUCUAACAU